AUGGACAUGUGGACUUCAAAUCAAAACAAGUCAUACAUGUGUGUAAUUGUACAUUGGAUAGAUGACAAUUGGUAUAUCCAGAAAAGGAUUGUGAACUUUGUGCAUGUACAGGGCCAUCAUACUGGUACAAAGCUCUCUGAGACAUUUACUGAACUUAUGGUUAAGUGGUAUAUUGAUAAGAGAAUGUUUGCUCUGGCCUUGGACAAUGCAUCAGCAAAUGAAGUAGCAGUCAAAGACAUCAUCUCUGAUCUAAGGGACAAUGCUAGUUCAACGGCUUUGAUAUGUGAUGGACUAUUCUUCCAUGUGAGGAAGUUUGAAAGAUAUUGGAAGAAAUCAUCCACUACACUUGCUGUUGCCUGCUUUCUAGAUCCUAGAUAUAAGAAAAGGCUUAUCGAGUUCUACAUGAGAAAAUUCCAUGGCAUCUCAUCUCAAGUUCAUGUUGAUGAACUUGUUGAUGUCAUGAAAAAAUUGUACCAGUUCUAUGCUGCUACUGCUCCUUCAUCUUCAAGGCCUAAAAGUGGAUCAAAUGAUGCUAAGGAUACAUAUGACAUGUUAGUGGACAGUGGAGAUGAUGAACUAGAGAACUUCUUGUAUGAGUCUAGUGGGCAUGGUGCUGAUGAUAUGAAUGAGCUGGACAAGUACAUGGCAGAUCCGCCUCUGAGGCUCAGUGGUCAGUUUGAUAUCUUAGCAUGGUGGAAGAACCAGACCGAUGAGUAUCCUAUUCUUUCAAAAAUAGCUCGUGAUUUGCUAGCUGUACAAGUCUCAACUAUGGCUUCUGAGUCUGCUUUUAGCGCUGGUGGAUGUGUUGUUGAUCCUUUCCGUAGCCGCCUUGACCCUGAAAUGGUUGAAGCUUUGAUAUGCAUGAAAGAUUGGGUUGCUGCAGAAAGAAGAGAUAAGAAGAUUGGUUCUAUUGUUGGUGAUCUUGAAGUUAUUGAGGCCCUUGUUUCAAAGCUGAACAUUGAGACUAUUAGCAACUAA